AGCUACUCAGUGAAAAGACCUCAAAAUCCUGUUUGCAGGCAAACUUGAAGGAGAGGCUCUCACCCCCUGCAGCUUUCCCUGAAACCCAAAGUUCCCUACACCUCUUUCAGCAAUGGCUAUGGUGUGUCUUUCUGACUUUGAAGCUUAUGCUAAGAAGUAUUUACCCAAGAUUGCUUGGGAUUAUUUUGCAGCUGGAGCAGAUGAUUGUACCACACGAGAUGAAAACAUCCUGGCAUAUAAAAGAAUUAAUUUCCGGCCACGUAUGCUGCGGGACGUAUCCGUGAUGGACAUCAGGACUAAAAUCCUGGGUUCUGAAAUCAGCUUUCCUGUAGGAAUCGCUCCUACAGGCUUCCACCAGCUAGCAUGGCCUGAUGGAGAGAAAAGCACAGCCAGAGCGGCCAGAGCAAUGGACACCUGCUACAUUGCCAGCACCUACUCCACCUGCACGCUGGAGGAGAUCUCCGCGGCUGCGCCCGGCGGCCUCCGCUGGUUCCAGCUCUACAUCCACCGCAACAGGGCAGCUUCCCAGCAGCUGGUGCAGCGGGCGGAGGCCUUGGGCUUCCAGGGCCUCGUCCUCACCGCCGAUCUGCCCUACACAGGCAAGAGACGCGACGAUGUCCGCAAUGGUUUCCGCCUUCCUCCCCACAUGAAAGUGAAGAACUUGGAAGGAGCCUUUGAGGGAGAUGACUGGUCUGAGUACGGACUGCCACCCAACAGCUUGGAUCCUUCGGUGACCUGGAAUGACAUCUACUGGCUGCGGAGCCUGACACACCUGCCCAUCAUCAUCAAAGGCAUCUUGACAAGAGAAGAUGCAGAGCUGGCAGUGAAACAUGGAGUUCAGGGAAUUAUUGUGUCCAAUCAUGGUGGAAGGCAACUGGAUGAAGGACCUGCCACUAUUGAUGCUCUGGUUGAGGUUGUGGAGGCAGUAGGAGGCAGAGUCGAAGUUUAUGUAGAUGGAGGAAUACGAAAAGGAAGCGACGUGUUGAAAGCACUGGCUCUGGGAGCAAAAUGCGUCUUCAUUGGAAGACCAGCGUUAUGGGGCCUGGCUUACAAGGGUGAAGAAGGUCUUCAGGAUGUCUUGAGAAUCCUUCAGGAUGAAUUUCGUUUGUCUAUGGCCUUAGCUGGCUGUGCCAGCGUCUCAGAGAUUGGCCAGCACCUGGUUCAGUUCUCCAGGCUGUGAUCAGCCUCCUGCCAUGCCCACCAAACAGAGGCAGGUGAAGCAGAGGUCCUAGCCAGACUGAAGAUGAAAAAGGAGGUGCAAUAAAGAUCUGAUAAGGCCUUCUGGAAACUUCUGAAGAGAUUAGGAAAGGCUCUGUGUUAGCAAAGGCUGCUCUCUGCUUUUAUUGAGACCAAUGAAUUCCAUAACAGUUUGGGUAAUUGUUACUUGUCUAAAUGCAUUUUCUUUAACUGGCUGUUCGACAGCAUUACCUAUGUUGGGUCUUCCUCCAAAGUUGCUUUACCCUGGACAUCCAGACAUGGAAAACCCUGUGUCUUGCUUUUUCCACUUGUCAUGCCAAGUCUCACUGCAACCCAAUCCACACACCUCUCCUGCUCUGGGACAGUAAGUGUUGUGGCUGCUAUGUUCCACAGACUUGGCUUUUCCUGGAUGUAUUCAUGAAAGAUAUAGAAGUAAGAUGAAUCAGCUACCAGGUGUCCCAGCUGCCCUUUGAAAGUGGGGGCAGUUCUUGCCCACUGCUUCUAAAUGCAAAGCAGGAAAGGGGUGGAGCAGAGUGCCACUUGUGGGGAAAGAGCCAGCUCUUUUUUCCAGGGGUGCAACCCCCUGCCUCCUCCUGCUUUGGAGCCACAGAUACCCUGAUACCCAUUUCCCUGGCAUGUGCAAGGGGGAGCCGUGCUACCAAAAGGUGACCUUUUGCAUAAAGCCUACUUGAAAUCAGCCCAAAGGAGGCAGAAGAAAGGAGCUAACCCUGUUGGCUCGCUCUGUUUAGACUUUAGUUUCUCUCAGAGAUAACAGUGUCUGCAGUGAUCUUCCAGAGGCCUUCACAUGGAGGCCUCCCUCUCUGUUCCAGUAACAAUAAACCUUGUCAGCAGACUGACAGCCUGGCAGAUAAGACUUGGGAAUUACAGCACAUCACACACGUUGAUGGAUUUCAAGGAUGUACAAGAAGAGAAUGAGACAACUGGGAGUGCUCAGUCCUGUGAAGGCUAAAGGCAGGGGGAGGGGGAUCACAUCACUGCCUUUUACCACUCGUUUGGAGAAGAUCCAGGCCAACUUCUUGGAUGUGUGCAGCAAAAGGGUGAAAGGCAAUGGGCACAAGUUGCAAUGAGGAAAAUUCCAGGCAGAAUCAGUGGGGGGAAAAACCACCAUGAGAGUGAUUUUUUCACAAACCCUGCAACACAGGCUUUGUGAAACCUCCAUUGUUAGAGAUAUUCAGAGCUUGCCUGGGCAAGGUCCAGAACAACCUCUCUGGCAUGCUGUGAGAAGAGGUUGGCACAGAGAUCCCCAGAGGCUGCCUUUAAUCUGAAUUGUAGGAGGAUAUCACAGAAUCAUAAAAUAGGAGCUGCACAUGAGAUCUGUACCCUGCCAUACCACUGUGCUGCCAUGACCAGCUACAUGGAGCUGCAGGGGCAGCACGUAUAUCUCCAUGAAAGGCUGCAAUAAAGCACUUUCUGAGUGAAAAAAAAAAAAGAUAUUUGGUGAGUGAACUUAAAGUGAGAGGU